ACCCCCCGCAGAGGCUAUACGACCAAACGUGGAUCUUCGUCACAGAAUCCCUUCUGGCCUUCACCAUAUUCCGCGAUGACUUCGACAUCCCCUUCGUGAUCAUGUUUGGCUUCUUGCUAUUUGUGAAGUGCUUCCACUGGCUUAUGGCUGACCGUGUGGAAACGAUGGACCAAAUCACGUACCCAGGCCCUCCCCUCUUGUUUCAUAUACGGAUGAACACCCUCUUCGUUCUGUUAUGGGCAGUCGACCUCGUGAUGUUCGCGUUUGCCGUGGAAAGCACCCUGAAUCAUGGAGUGAAUGGCAUGGUUUUGUUCGCAAGCGAGUACGCUAUUCUCAUGGCAAGCGCCCUGAACUCGAUGGCCAGAUACAUUUUAUCAGUCGUCGAUUACCGGCGAGCACGCGCUCGAGGAGGCGAGAAUGCGCCGCCGAUGGAGAACAAGAGCAUGUACAUCUUCUAUAUCGAGCUAUGCACAGACUUCCUCAAGCUGAUCACAUACCUGACGUUCUUCAUGCUCAUCAUGACCUUCUAUGGCUUGCCACUGAACAUCAUUCGCGAUGUUUAUCUUACCGCCCGGUCCUUCAUCACGCGUUUGCGUGCUCUCAUCCGGUAUCAUAACGCCACCCGGGACAUGGAUCGUCGGUACCCGGACGCAACAGAAGCAGAGCUGUCGGAUAUGUCCGAUCGGACGUGCAUCAUCUGCCGCGAAGAGAUGUACUCGCGCAAUGCUCAACCGCAAGUUGGCGAGGGGAAUGCCGAAGGUCAGGCGCCCACAUAUGCAGAUGGGCCCAACAUGACCGCGAAGAGACUGCCUUGUGGUCACAUCUUCCAUUUCCAAUGCCUCCGUUCGUGGUUAGAACGCCAACAAAGUUGCCCGACCUGUCGUCGCACUGUUCUGGAAACAAACGAUCAAGACCAGAACCAAAACCAAGGCCAAGCACAAGCGCGAGGGCGUCAGGCCGGAGCUCCUGCUGCUCCUCAAGCUGGCGCGGUUCCCCAGGCAGGACAGGCGCCAGCUGGAGUUGCUAUGGGAUGGCUAAAUAAUUUCCUCGGUGCCCCGCCCCCAGGAGCUGCCAUGCAGGGACAGUUUGGCAACGUACAGGGGGCGCCGCCAGGCCCCGCGCCUGGUCCAGCUCAGCCACAGAACUUUGGUUGGCCGCCCGCUCAGCCUCCGAUGUAUUACCAGCUACCACCACACCUGCCGCCAGCUCAACCCGUACCGCCUUUCAGAGGCUUCUAUGGACCGGGUGGUGUGUGGCAGCCUUGGGGUGUCGAUCCGAGGUGGUUCGGUAACGCUCCGCAGCAGCCUGCCCCAGCACCGACACCUGCUCAACCAGCGAACACACCUCCGAGCCAACCCACCAGCGCUCCUGCAGAUCAUCGUCCAGCCACACAGGUGGACCCCCCAAGAGCUGACGUGCCGGUACCGACACCCACCACUAAUCCGUCCGCCGCUGAUGCCAGCCAGUCGCUAACAGCGAGGGAUGCCGCGGCACAGGCAACAUUACGCAGGCUGGGACUCUCACCUCGUAAUACGACCGCAUUUGAUGCGACACCAUCGCAUGCCUCCACAUCCGCGGCGGGCGCUACACCGACUGUGCCUGCGGCGGGUGCUCCAUCUGGUCAAGGCGAGGGCUCGAGGCGCGAUUCCAACCAGCCUAUCGAUGGCCGCCGGGAUGUGGUACCCUCCUUGAUCCCGCUCUACGAUCUCUUCUCGCGUCCACCCCCUCACCCAGCGGCGUAUAUGUCAUAUGGCAACCAGCACGCCCUUCGCGUCCCGUUACAAGCCCACUCGCAGUUAGCUAAUGCGCGAGCAUCAUCGCAUCAGGGCGACUUACGGCCCGCGCGCUCCUCGGGCUCGACGGCGUCUGCGCACACGCCGCUUGCGCAGCUCCCAGCGACGCUUACGGAUGAACAGCUCGCGCGGCUCGACCGCGUUACGCGCGAGGCUAUCGACGAACGCUUGCGUGUCCUGGAGGGGGUCUCGGGCGCCGUGCAUCGGUGUAUCGAAGAGCUGACACGCGUCCGGAGUGUCUUACCUGCGGCUGGACACGCCGGACCUGCGAGCGCGAGCGGACAGACGCAAACACGGGAGCGCCCGGCUGGCCCGACGAGUGAAGCAACACCGGGUGAAGGCUCUGCAUUCCUUGGGCGACAGGCUGACGCGGUCGCGGGUACGCCGAACGGUGCGGCGUCGGCGCCUGCGGUCGGACCCGCCCAAACACCAGCGCCUGCAGGCUCGGAAUCGAGCACAUAGUUGUGGCGGUCAGCGUUUCCCCUGGCAUAGUGAUCCGUUCCAUGUAGCAUUCCGGACUGUCUCAAUCCACUGUCGAUCUGUUGUGUUUC